AGCAACGCGGGAAGCGGGGUGCUGCCUCUGGGCGCCGAUUGGGCCGUGUGCGCGGGGUUCGGCGUCGCCCCGCGAGGUACGGGUACCGGGCGGAGCCGGCGCGGGAUGUGUCUCCUGCUGGGAGCCACGGGCGUGGGGAAGACGCUGCUAGUGAAACGCCUGCAGAAUAUCCUUCAGCGCCGGCUCAGCUCCCGGGAUUACAAGGGCGACCUGGGGGAGCCCCCGCCGACGCGGCCCACGGUGGGCACCGACCUCACUGAUAUCGUGGCCCAUAAGAUCACCAUCAGAGAGCUCGGUGGAUGCAUGAGCCCAAUCUGGUCCAGUUACUAUGGAGACUGUCAUUCGCUCCUGUUCAUGGUGGAUGCCUCUAACCCCACCCAGCUCUCUGCCUCCUGCGUCCAGCUCUUGGGUCUCCUUUCUGCAGAACAACUUGCAGAAGCGUCGGUCCUGAUACUCUUCAAUAAAAUUGACCUGCCCUGUUACAUGACCAUGGAGGAAAUCAAGUCAUUAAUCAGGCUCACAGACAUCAUUGCUUGUGCCAAGCAGAAUAUCACCACAGCAGAAAUCAGUGCCAGGAAAGGCACUGGUGUGGCUGGAGUUUUACACUGGCUCCAGAACCAGCACAGAGCCAGUAGUUGAUUACAAAGUGCAAAAGUAUGACUGAUACCCAGUGACCGUGAGGCAGAACAGCAUUGGUGGCCUCUGAUGUUCUUUUCUUAAAGAAACAGAAUGACCCAAGAUAUCCCUAAGUGAUAAGGAUCGAGUGUCUUGUCAUCUGGCCUCUGAAGACUGUCCCCAGGACUGGGAGAAGAGUGCUACUGGACUUGUGGUCAAGAGCUUUGGACUGCACAGCUUCACUUAGAUGCAACUUCUUGCUUCUAGUACACUCUCGAUUUAUU